CACUUCCUCGUUUGUUCAAAGCCAAGAAGCCGACAUUCAGCUGGAAAUGUCAUCCAGAUUUACGCUUCUAAAUUUUAAAACAGUCAUGUAACAAGCAAUAAUGCCACAGCCCAGGAUUUUGCUGGUGGUGACAGGAGAUGAUUUUGGUUACUGUCCCAAGAGGAAUCAAGGGAUUGUCGACUGCUUCAAGGCUGGAGGCAUUUCCUCUGUGUCACUGCUGGUGAAUGCAUCUGCUGCCAAAGAUGCCGCAGAUCUGGCUAAAAGGCACAACAUCCCAAUUGGGCUCCAUGCCAACCUAUCAGAAGGCAUCCCUGUAUGUCAGAGCCUCCGUCAGGACUCGACACUCGUCAAUGAGCGUGGCUUCUUCCAUGGAAAGAUGGGCUUCCGUCAGGCACUGGGACGACAUCAGAUAAGCAUGGAACAGUCUUCUUUUUUCUAUGUUGAGGUGGAGCUAGAGCUGAGAGACCAGAUCAGGCUUUUCAGAGAACUGACGGGUCACCUGCCUCAUCAUAUGGAUGGACAUCAACAUGUCCAUAUACUGCAAGAGGUACGUGAGGUGUUUGCACAGGUCCUGUCAGAUCACAAAAUUCCAUAUACUCGUGUUCCAGUGGAGCCAGGUUUACACAGCUGCCAGUGCCUGCCGGCCCAUCUCAAAAGAUUCUACGCUCAGGUGGAGAAAGACGCUCUGGAUUCCAUCCCUGUGUUCAGGCGUUGUGGACUUAGGUGUGUAGGUAUGAGGAUUUCAUUUGGGUGGUCCAUGACUCCCCUAGACCACCCUCAAGUCAAGAAACUCCAGUUACGUGUGUGUGUCCUUUGCUUCACCAUAUUUUUAUCAUCUUACAUGAUUCACAGUUUGAAUAGCUACAUUGAUUCAUUUUUGGGGGGAAUUACAAUCUAUCCAUUUUCUGCAUUGCUCAUCCUGUUAGUAUUUUGUGACAUAGUCAAUGAGUGGGUAUUCCUACCUUUCACAUUUUAACUGGUCCACUAUUGAUUCCCAGUACCUAGUACCUAGGAAUUGAUACCGGUACUCAAAUGUACCAAUUUUCAGUACUUUUGUGUGUAUUUUGGUAAUGACACGGUAAUGGCAGGUUUUGGAUAAAUUAUGUAAAAAUAUCUCAUGUUUGUUUUCAUUUAACAGACAUUACACAGUAAAAACAGUUGGGUUAAAAGCAACCCAAAUUGGUUUAUUUUAAACCCAGCCGCUGGGUUCUAAUAGCACCAUCCAUAACUUAUUUAAUUGUAGGCAAUUUGAACCAGCAGGAUGGGUUGGUCGAUUUAACCCAACAACAGGUGAGUUAAAUGUUUUACCCAAAUGGUUCGGUCAAAUGUACUACAGUUCUGGGUUGUUUGUAUGACUGAUCCAUGUUUAUUUACUGUCCCAAAAUGCUGUGUCAAAUCAACUAGAAUUUUGGGUAAUUUCAACGACCACACAUUUUUUGGCCAGUUAUCUAUCCUAAUGAAUGGCUACAUUAGCCAAUGUCCAAAUAAAAUUCUUAUAUAUUACAUUACAAUCCCUUAAAGUAUUGACUAGAUUACAUAUAAAACUGUUCAAUUUCACACGUGAAACAAAAUACAUGCUAGACGCGGUACCUCAAAGCAUGUAUUAUGCAACAGACACAAAAAUCUGCCAUAAAUUUGAACAUGAAAGAAAUUAAAAUCUGUGUCAGACAAAACAGUCAACAGUGCAAAACAUCUAACAAGUAACAGCAUCAGUGCAAAAUAAGUAACAGUUAACAGUUACAUGAAGUUGAUCUGACUGCCUGCAAAUGCUGCAAGCUGAUAGCUCAAUUUACAAGCACAUAUUUGACUUUCAAGAAACAGUACUAGGUUGGAUUUUACUCAUGUACUCAUUUGUUUCGACAACUAUUUGUAUAAAGUCCCUCACGUUGACACUGAUUUGGGUAUCGGACAUAUGGGUUAUGCCUUGAUUUGUUGGCCAAGAUUCUCCACCAUGUUUGUCCUAGAUGGAAAAAGAAAGGUUACAUAUAGUUACGAUAUGGCAUUGUUAAGUGGUGCAUUCGAUCACAAAAUACCAACUGAAGGCCCAGGUCCAAAACACACCACACACACACAC